CAGAAACCAGGUGAUAUUUUUCAGAUAUUAUGAUAAUUGGAAUAAAAUUGCCGAAAGUGACGAAUCGAAGUGUUUUAUGCUGAUGCCGAUAUAGGAGACAGGCAGUUUGAAGUCUACCUGUCAUCAUGACAGAAAUACUAGCAUUUCUCGCCUUCAUUCUUCUGUGUGGUCUGGUGAAGAUUCUCAACAUCACGAGCCCUUCUCUGCCACCUAACCUUUAUUUGAAGGACCGGUCGUCGGCAUUUGUACAAAACAUCCUAGCAGCAUGUCCCAUCUUCCUGGAAGCCUAUGUUCCCCCUUUAAUCUGGGGUAAGUGUGGCCACCUACAGACUUUGGUCUAUGUCAAGAUGGGCCGAGUCAUGCUGCCUGUCACAGAAGGUCAGCGUCAUCACAAAGUCAUGCCAGAUGGCGCCACUAUGACAUUUGACAUCUAUGAACCUAAAAGAGAUCAUAAAAAGGUAGGUGACUUCACUGCGUUGGUGUGUCCGGGCUUCGGUAACAGCAGUGAGAGUCCGUACAUCCGCACGCUGGUGGACUACUUCCAGCAGAAGGGAUACCGACUAGCCGUCCUCAACCACCUCGGUGCCCUUGCAGACGUCAAACUCACAUCACCCAGGAUAUUCAACUACGGAUGCACGGAUGAGUUUGGCAUGAUGGUGGAAGAGAUCCUGCGACUUUAUCCUCAAACCAAACUGCUAGCCAUGGGCUUCAGCAUGGGAGCCAACAUUGUGGUGAAGUACCUAGGGGAGUCGAAACUGAACCAGACCAAGUUCAUCUGCGGCAUGUCCAUCUGUCAGGGCUAUGAUGUCAACCAAGCUAAGCCAUUACUGAUGGAAUGGGAGAAUCUCAGACGCGCCUACGUGUUCUUUAUGACAGAAAACAUGAAACUACUCCUUCGCAAAAACUACUCCAUUCUGUUUGGAGAAGAUGCGAAGAAACUUUACGGCCCAGUGGACGUGGAUAAAAUAUUUUCUUCAACAUCUUUGGUUGAGCUGGAUGAGAACUUUAGCAGCCAGCGGGCGGGUUUCUCCAAUCAUGUUGACUACUACACCUGGGCCAGCUGUCGCCACGUCAUGAACAAUAUAGAUAUCCCGAUGUUCGUGCUGAAUGCGGAGGAUGAUCCUCUUGUGCCAUCAGUCCUACAAGAAACUGCCAAACGUUAUGCAGCUACUCAUGACAAGUGUAUAUUUGCUGUUACAAAGCAUGGCGGCCAUCUUGGUCACUUUGAAGGCGGGAUCAUGACUCCUGCACCAAUCACGUGGCUUGACCGAGCAGUCCUUCAGUUUGCUGAUGCCAUUACGAUGAUGGAAUAGACGCCUCUUGAAGCAGCAGUUACUGUGUACACAGUUCACAUAGAAGGCACGAUGUACACAUGCAGUUCACAUACAGUUCACAUACCGGGUUCUGUGUACACAGUUCACAUACAGAGUUCUGUGUACACAGUUCACAUACAGAGUUCUGUGUACACAGUUCACAUACCGGGUUCUGUGUACAUAGUUCACAUACAGGCCACUGUGUACACAGUUCACAUACAGGGUUCUGUGUACACAGUUCACAUACAGGGUUCUGUGUGCACAGUUCACAUACCGGGUUCUGUGUGCACAGCACACUGUGUACACAGUUCACACACAGCACACUGUGUACAGACAUUAAGUUGCAGUCUCACCUCACCACAUUAUAUCAUUAUUUCUAAAGUAACUACAAUCAACUUAUAUAAAAAAUGUCUAGUCACACUAUACCUAGAUGGUAAAGCUCCCUUUUCAUUGGUUAAUUGACCAUGGGCCUAAUUCACAAAGUUCUCUUAGGCUCUGCUAGACAACAAAGCAUCCUCUUUGCAAGUCUUUUAACAUUGCACUGCGGGAUUGCAAAGUUGCGAGAGUUUAGUGAAUAAGGCACCAUGUCAUUUACAGAAUAGAUGGCUGUUGCUUACAUCACACAUUUGUCACAUAAUAUAUAUAUAUAUAUAUAUACCAUCACACAAUACUAGUCACAUAACAUACAUGUACAUGUAUAUUAUUUGAGAGAGGAAAUAAGGAACAUCAUUGUACAGUGACUCUUUCAUUUCUAGAUGGGUUGGGGGGGUGGGGGGGGGGGGGGUUUACAAAAGGAUUUUUUCCAAAAACUAUAAUUAUUACUAAUGUAAAUAUUAAUACAACAAACAUAAGACUAAGUACAGUUUUAAACAGCUUCUGUGUUAGCACCAUUAGUAAUUAUCAUCAUCUGCUUUCAUUUAACAUACAAAUCUAUCACCACUACCUUUUAAUAGACCUACUUUUUGUAGGACAAAACUUAACAGAAAACCUUCCUGUUCCUGAGUGCUAAAAUUCAGAAUAAUACUUUUUAUUAUCCACAUAGUUCCAGAUAUUCAGGGAAAUAUAACCAGUAUGACCCACGUGUGUCAUAAUGAUAUCACGUGCACAGCGAAUGACGUAAUUUUGUGAAACGACGUCAUAACUCAAUGUGGCUUCACCAGUGUAAAUGCUUGUCAAAAAUGAUGCUGUUUCGUCAUCUCUUUUUAGUUACCUUUCAAACGUUUUGACAUGGUCCUAGCUUGUUAUUCAUAAAAAUAAUAUUUUGGAUAAUAAAGAAAUGAUUACACUCACAUGUGAAUUGUACAGACUUUUUCGAAACUCGUGUCAGGAUUCAUGUAUUACCCUCAUUCUCGCUCGGAUAAUAUAAUAAUCCUGACAGGAAGAAUGGUAGGCAGUGGCAGGAAAAUGAGCGUCUGUGGUAUAUUCUCCAGUAAAUUAUUAAAUAAUAAACAUUUACUUGAGACUAGUUUUAGCUGGCGACACCGGCCAGGUUCCAGUGGGUGUGUUUAUAGGUGCCAUUAUUCAUAUUCAACUUAAAACUAGCUAUAUCUGGCGAAUCGGCCAGGUUCCAGUGGGUGUGUUUAUAGGUGCCAUUAUUCAUAUUCAACUUAAAACUAGCUAUAUCUGGCGACACCGGCCAGGUUCCAGUGGGUGUGUUUAUAGGUGCCAUUAUUCAUAUUCAACUUAAAACUGGCUAUAUCUGGCGACACCGGCCAGGUUCCAGUGGGUGUGUUUAUAGGUGCCAUUAUUCAUAUUCAACUUAAAACUAGCUAUAUCUGGCAAAUCGGCCAGGUUCCAGUGGGUGUGUUUAUAGGUGCCAUUAUUCAUAUUCAACUUAAAACUAGCUAUAUCUGGCGAAUCGGCCAGGUUCCAGUGGGUGUGUUUAUAGGUGCCAUUAUUCAUAUUCAACUUAAAACUAGCUAUAUCUGGCGACACCGGCCAGGUUCCGGUGGGUGUGUUUAUAGGUGCCAUUAUUCAUAUUCAACUUAAAACUAGCUAUAUCUGGCAAAUCGGCCAGGUUCCAGUGGGUGUGUUUAUAGGUGCCAUUAUUCAUAUUCAACUUAAAACUAGCUAUAUCUGGCGACACCGGCCAGGUUCCAGUGGGUGUGUUUAUAGGUGCCAUUAUUCAUAUUCAACUUAAAACUAGCUAUAUCUGGCGAAUCGGCCAGGUUCCAGUGGGUGUGUUUAUAGGUGCCAUUAUUCAUAUUCAACUUAAAACUAGCUAUAUCUGGCGACACCCGCCAGGUUAACAGGUGCUAUUAUUCUUAUUCAAUUUUGCAAAGUGUUUUCAACAUUUCUCAGUUGGGCGGUAACAAUUGUCAAUUUUUAAACUAGCAUUUCAAACAAUUAAUCAACAUUUUCAAGGAGCAAACUGUGACCAUGUUUCAUCAUCGGCAGAUGUCUGCAAUUUUUAACAAGUAUGGGACCAGAGCAUUUUUUUACCACAGAUUUUUUUUCAUGUAUUAUUUCAGAUGCAAUAAGAAAUAUGUUUCUUAUUUCGCUACAUUCCUGAAUUGAUUGAUAUUACCUUUAGAGAUACAGAGAUGUCAUUAAGGAUUGUCUUGUUAUUUCUUUUAUGUUCAUUGGGGUAUGAACCAAAAAAAAUCAUUCAUAAACUGUGUGAAUCAACAGUUUCUAGAUGAUUUUUUUGUUCAUACCACAACAAACAUAAAAUAAAUAACAGACAAUCCUUAUAAUUAAAUUUCAAACAUAUUUUAUUUUGAAUAAUUUUUGGGGUUCAUAAACAAUAACGCUCAUUAAAUGUGAUGUUCCCCGCCAGCAAUAGUUUUAUGUUUAUCAUUAAGUAAUGAACAAACUUGUGUUGUCCCGUGUCAAAAUUACCACCAUCUUGGGUGUUCUUUUUCUAUCACACUUGACUACAUAUGAUGCAGUCUUUAUAGAUAGUAUAUAGUAACUGUCACAGACACACACACACAGACACACACACACACACACACAGAUAUACAUAUAUAUACACAUAUAUAUACAUAAAUGUCUAUGUCAGUAAACGUUUCUUAGCAAAUUGUACAGAUUAAAUCUCAUUUUUAGUAUAUGGGGAAGACAAAACGUUCGAACAGCCACAGUAGGCAGAAUAGUUCCUAGUAGACCGAGACUGAAAGUCAAAUUGUGUAUUUAAUUAUCAGGAUGUACCAACAGUUCCCUGUAUUAAAAAGGAAGCUUUGACCUAUA